CUAUAUAAUAAUACGCUAAGUGUGUCUGUGUGUCUGUGACAGGCAAAGUGGAUGUCUUCAUUUUCCUGUGAUGUUGCCGAAAAAAAUUUUUGAUGUUGCCGAAAAAAAUAUGUCUUCUUUGUCGUGAAAAGCUGCGAGUUUUAUGUGGUUUGUUAAAUGAAGUUCUAGCACAAAGUAACGGAAAUUGUGUUUGCAAAAAAGAUGGCUGUUCUUUUUAAGCAAUUUCUACUCUUUCCUUCAAAAUAAAUCUUUACAAAAGCAUUUAAAAAGGGGCAUGGUAUAUAAAUGAAGUAUAGAAAGGUUUCUGUAAGGUUUGUUUAUGUUUUUUUCAGUUUUGAUGAUAUUAUUGAUGCGAGACAUGUUUGUUAGCUAGCAUCAUAAAACCAACCACACCAACAACAACCUAAUAGCUAGCUAGCUCGGACUUUAUAAAUAUGUAGCCAUGUUCUUUAUACCUAGCUUAGUCUCCAGUUUAUAUUCAACUGACCAGCUAUUAUCUGCUGUAGCUAGCUUAUGUUUGCUUCAGUUUUAUGUUGCUUUUACAUGUAGCUAAGCUAGCUACCGUAGUGUUAUCUUAGUGGUCUUUGCUAAGAAUGUGACUGUAACUUAUUUCAUUUGACAUUUUAAGCUUAAAUUACCAAGCCACAACAACUUUUAAAAAAGUAUUACAUAAUAUUUAAGAAGAGUUUAAGGACUGUUUUUAAGCAAAUAAUGUAUUUUUCACAUUUUGUGUAUGCAAAUAAUGUAUUUUUCACAUUUUGUGUAACUAAACUUAUAUACAUCGGUUACAUGGAAUUUGACGAAACGAUUUUUAUUUAACAUGUAGUAGUUUCUUUACCUUAAGUGUAGUGAUUUUUGUUGUUCUAGAUGUUCUGACUAAAAUGUUUUUGUUUAUGACAUUUUGUCUUAUUAAGAAAAGUUUUAACUUUCUUGAGGGAGUGCAACACCGAAAAAACUUGUGUUUUUUUUAUAUUUUGUAUAAAUUCUUACCAGGCAGGACAACAUACCCAAAUGACUGAUCCCUCUCUAUUUAUAUAAAGUUUUUUGAAAUUUUGAGUAAUAUUUAAUGAGUACAAGAUACAAAUACUGAUUUUUGUUGAAUCAGAAGUAUUUCCUAGAACCAUUCUUUUUUUACACUUUUGUGGAGAAAAUGUGUAUGCAAUAUCAUCAGAAUAACUGAUUUUGUUGCAAACUGUUUUUCUUUUUCACAUUUUGGAUUGAAAUAUUGUUAUAAAGGGCAUAUAUCAAUAGACAUAUAUAUACCAAAAUAAUUAAAUUCUGCAAACUUUGAUUUUGUCGUUCACCUCUCAUCUUUUAUAUUUUUAUUAAACUUUUGAGGAAAAUCAUAGGAAUUAUUUAGAAUAUGUAUUUUGUGUUGGAAAUUUAGUGCAAAAAUUGACGUAAAAUGAACUGUUAAAUUGAUUGUUGUUGUUUUAACAUGAAUUAUGACUCAAACUUUGUUUUUGCAUUUCUAAUUUGACUAAUUAGCCUAAAAAUUUGCCAAUUGGUUUUACACUCUGUUCUUUUUUAUAUAUAUUUUAUGUGAACAUAGAAGUACACAAGUAAAGUUAGAAGCCACAAGAAGUUAAUUCGAAAGUGAAGAGUGGAGCUAGAAGUAGUAAAGAAAAGUUAGAAGUAGAAAAUAAAAGCUUGGGUUUAAAGUAGAUUUGGAUUCACAAAUAGUUGCAGUGAAUUCGUUUCGGCAUUACACGACUCCAGUGGUGAAUUCCCAUAAUGAAUGGGAUCCUCUGGAAGAAAUUAUUGUUGGAAGAGCAGAAAAUUCGUGUGUACCGCCAUCAACAAUGGCAUUAAACUCUUGCAUUAGUAAGAAACAAUGGGAUUUCUUCGAAAGGUAUGGUGGUCAAUCCUUUCCUGAGGAGCAUCUCAAAAAGGCUGUCGAGGAAGUGGACACAUUUUGUGAAACUUUGCGUCAGGAGGGUAUUAUUGUGAGACGUCCUGACGUGGUCGAUCACCAACAAGAAUACACUACACCAGAUUUCAGUUCGUCAGGGAUGCAUGCAGCUAUGCCACGUGAUAUAAUAAUCACCAUUGGAAACGAAAUUAUUGAAGCCCCUAUGGCAUGGAGAAGUCGGUUCUUUGAAUAUCGUGCAUACCGUACAUUGAUGAAGGAGUAUUUUUCGAAAGGCGCUAAAUGGACAACAGCACCAAAACCUACCAUGUCAGAUGAGCUAUAUGACAAUGAUUAUCCAAUUGACAAUUUUAAAGAAAGACUUGCAUUAGCAAAGAAAGGAAGAUUUGUAACAACAGAAUAUGAGCCAUGCUUUGAUGCAGCUGAUUUUAUGAAAGCUGGAAAAGAUAUAUUCGUUCAAAGAAGCCAGGUAACAAACAUGAUGGGGAUUGAAUGGAUGAGACCCCAUCUUGGUGAUAAAUAUAACGUUCAUGUUCUGUCAUUUGACGAUGUAAACGCUAUGCAUAUCGACGGAACAUUUCUUACGAUUGGAGAAGGUUUAAUCCUCGUCAACCCUGACCGACCAUGCAAUCAGAUAGAUUAUUUUCAUAAGGCAGGCUGGAAAGUUGUAGCUGCACCUAGACCAGUUAUGUCUGACGCGUAUCCAUUAUGGAUGAGCUCCAACUGGCUAAGUAUGAAUGUUUUAAUGUUAGAUGAGAAACGAGUUGUUGUGGAUAGUGAUGAAAUUCCUACGCAAAAGAUGUUCGAAUCCCUCGGCAUCAAAUGCGUCAAAGUAUCGAUAAAACAUGCCAAUGCACUGGGUGGUGGAUUUCACUGCUGGACGUGUGACGUAAGAAGAAAAGGAGAACUUAAAAGUUACUUUUGAAUAUGUCAAAAUAGUAAUAACUUUUUAGGAUUUUGAAGGAACUCCAUCCAUGCAAAUUUAAUUUUAAAUAAGUAUAUAUUCAUUCAUGACUUAAUUAUCGUAAUUUUUAUUCAUUAAAUCCAGUGAAGGUGGUAAUACGCCAGUGAUAUCAUCUUUUAUAUUAAUACCUCUCUUUUCUUUGUACGCGCUAAGAUGCACGCAUAAGCGAUGGUCAGAGAAUGUCUAUGCGCAAAAAUUAGAUGCACGGAUGCAUAUGCAUGCUUACAACGAGCAAAUGUGUGGAGUUUUCCGUGGCAUAAUGCUAGUACUUCUUUAUAAUAAUACCUGUCUUCUGGCUGGCUGUGAGAGAGAUGAGUUGGUUUACAAACGCAAUGACGAGAAUCUACAACGCUGUAUCAGCGCCUUUAACAGCUAAACUUGACGCUGUUGCUUAUCAAGAGCAGAGCGUGUGAGAUACUGUUACUCUUUACUACAAUAGGGCAAAGAAACAAAUUUGCUCCAGGACAACAAUGCACGACGAAAGAGAAGCUGAAUCCCUGAAAAACUACUACGAUGCUGAAGACAUACAAGAGAAAUACACCAACACAUAUUCCGUCGGGAGAAAAAACAAUACCUAGGGUACAUUCUCUCUAUGUUUUUAUGAUUAUGGUCUGUUUAACCAACACUUUCGGGUUUUUUUUGUCUAACUCUGCUCUUUAAACAUAUCUGUCGAAUUAUGUGUAAAUAUCUUUGAAUAAGCAAGAUUUUUUGUCUGAAUAUUGACAGAAGCUCGUAGAAUGUUGUAUGACUUUUCACAAGUUAUACACAAGAUAAUAUUGAGAAAGUAUAUACAAGUCUCGAAUUAUUCUAGAGUCGUAUUGGCGUAGGGGUGAUGAAUGCUAUGGUUAUUUUCUUGUUCGUACCGGUUAAUUCUAGAUCGAACAAUAAACUGAGACUUUCUAGGUGCGGUAUGUCCACGUAUAGGACCUCGUUCUGAUUAAUCGUACUCAGUAAGUGCCUCAUCUUGCUGUGCUUCCUUUUUGCUUUUAUCGCCAUCAAUGUUUUGAUCUCUGUGUAAGGCUCAAGCUACUUGUCAAAUAUACCACUCGUGUUUAUUCAGGUAGUAUUGGAAAAACAAAACAAAUAAGUGUUAGAAAUCCCUGGUGAUGCAGAUUUCACACCAGAGCUCGGUCACUGGCACAAAGUUCCACUCUGAUAUAGCUAUCUUGAUUGACAUCUCGUAAAGCAAUGAUCCACUUC